UUAAGCAUCUACUUGCCCCAAUCCUUUCCUUUUUGUAACAGAAGAGCUCCCAUGUUUUGAGGGCUGAUUAUGUGCUAGACAUCGCACUAAGAAGCCUGAGCUCAUUUCUUCUUCAUAAGGACUGACUUCCAAAAUGCUAAGCAUGCUCCUACCUCAGAGCUUUGCACCUGCUGUUCCCUUUUCCUGGAAUGCUCUUCCCCCAACUUAUCCCGGGGGCUUGCUUCCUCCCUUCUCUUCCUCAGAAAUGCUCUCCUCCACCAUCCACCACUCGAUGGCUUUUCCUUCCCUGACUUUACUGGUUUUCUUUACAUAACUUCUCACUAACUGGUGGCAUAUUAUAUGUUAUUUAUUGUUUGACGCCCCUACUGAAAUGUAAGCUUCUUGAGGACAGGGAAACAGUGCCUGGAAUAUAAUAGGCGCUCAAUAAGUGUUUGUUGAAUGAAUAAAUGUCCCACUCGGAGACUUAGGCGCUGUUAUGAUGCCCAUUUUAUAAAGGAGGAAACUGAGGCACAAUGAGAUGAGUCAAUGGCUCUCACACCUAGUGAGUGGCGCAGGCAGGAUUCAACCCAGAAGUCCUCAGUACACAUCCCAUAAUAGUAAUUAUUAUAAUUACUACCCGCUUACUCUGUGCCAGGCUUUGAGCUAAGAGCUUUACCCCGAGCUGUCUCACUCAAUUCUAGAAGUAACCCGCGGGACCGGCCCGGCUGGGACCCCUACUCUACAGAGGAGGAAGCCUGCGCCCCAGAUCGCCCAGCGAGACAGGGGCGGGGUCGGGGUUCGUCCCGGGCUGCUGCCGCGCCCACCGCGCUCCUCCGGGCUUCGAUCCUGCCUUUCCGCCGCGGCCCACGCCUCCUCCCCCUGGGGCCCGGCGCUCACCCCGGGGCCGGGGUCGGGGUCGGGCUCGUGCGCCCACAGUUCCGCCACCAUCUCCGUGUGCAGAAACUCGAACAGGACCGAGUCCGCCAUGCACCUGCCUCACGUGUUCAACUACCGCAGGCGCGAGCCCGCCUAUUCCCACUUCCAUUGGUGUUCCAGCCUAGCUCCGCCUUCUUCCCCCGGGCUCCACUUGGAGCACUUGCGAACCUGAGAGGCUGCCUUUCCCGUUUCCGGGUCCUCGAGCAUUGCCAUUGGCCAAAUCACUGGUUACACGUGACAUAACUCAUUUUUUAAAAUCCCUAUUUGUCCACUUGCCUCGCGGCACAACCCGGAAGCGCCCGCCCAACUGCUUCUCUAUUGGCUUUAGCUCCAUUCACGUGACUCUUCACAUCCUCCCUCAAAGCUGGCUCUGAAGACUUGCUUCCUGGUUGAAAGCCGAGCGGCCCACGUAAUUGGCCAACGCCCGGCCCAACCUGUUGCCCUAUUGGUUGGGGUUGUCACCCUCCUCCCUCUGUACAGACACUGCUCUUCGGCUGGAUAGCGGAUCUCGCAGUCUUGGAGCCUCUGCGACCCGCUCGGCGCCAUGGCGUCCCAGGGUCGUCGGCGGAGGCCGCCGCGGAGGCCCGAGACGGUAGUGCGGGGGGAGGCGGCCGAGACGGACUCGGAGCUCUCUGCGUCCUCGUCGGAGGAGGAAGAGCUAUACCUGGGUCCCUCGGGCCCGACGCGCGGUCGCCCCACGGGGCUGCGGGUGGCCGGAGAGGCCGCGGAGACCGACUCAGACCCAGAGCCGGAACCGACGGCUGCGCCGAGGGACCUGCCUCCGCUCGUGGUGCAGCGGGAAACGGCCGGAGAGGCCUGGGGCGUGGAGGAGGCCCCGGCGCCCGCUCCAGCGCGCUCGCUGCUGCAACUCCGGCUGGCAGAGAGCCAGGCGCGACUGGACCACGACGUGGCGGCCGCGGUGAGCGGCGUAUACCGCCGCGCGGGUCGCGACGUGGCCGUCCUGGCUGGUAGGCUGGCGGCCGCCCAGGCGGCGGGAUUGGCGGCCGCCCACAGCGUGCGCUUGGCGCGGGGAGACCUCUGCGCACUGGCCGAGCGCCUGGACAUCGUGGCCGGCUGCCGCCUGCUGCCCGACAUUCGCGGCGUACCGGGGACCGAGCCCGAGCAAGACCCGGGACCUCGGGCCUAGCCAUGACCCACUCCCCGCCUGACUCUGCGCCCUGCGAGAGGCCUUGAGACCUGUGGGACCUGGCCCUGUACCCCGUAUUGCUCCCUUCCCAUCUUGCUUGUCACCCUCAGGGCUAACCCCACCCUUUGGAUAACCGUGUGUGUGUUGUGGGUGGGGUAAUGGUGCUCAGCCCCGCCCCUCGCAUCUGGUUCCUCCCCUUGGUCCUGGCCCAGCUCCCUGGUUCUGAGUCUGUCUGAGGCUUGGCUCCAGCUCCUGGGUAACUAACUGGCCACUCCUUGAUCCGUCUCUAUCCUGGGGGCUCACUGUGCCCCAUCUUUCCUUGUGCUCUGCAUUCCUGAGUUUGGUUUCUGCACCUGGGAGCUGAUGCAGGUUUUUUUCACAGGAGCCCCAGAUUCUGCACAGAUUCUCUUGCACCUUCCAUCACCCCCUUGGCUCUGCCUCUAGUCCUAGCAACACUUCUGGAAUUUUGUCCUCCUAGUCUGGGCCCUUUUUCUGCUCUCCACGCAUGGCCCUGGUUCCAUCUCCUGGUUCUAGUCCUUGCUCUGCCAUCCGGCUCCUCCUCCUUGGGCUUAGCCCCUCCCCCAGGCUUGAGCUUUCCUGGAUCCAGUUGUACCCUUAGGAUUGGUUUUGCUGCUUUUUUGCUUUUCCCAUCCUGCUUCUACCACCUGCCUGAUCCUGGGCUCCAGAGACUCCCUACAGUUUCCUUCAUUAGGCCCAA